AUGGCCAGUCUUCAGAAAAUAAAUUUAGAUAGCAUAGAACCAUAUCCUGAAAAUGAAACAAACAUUUCACCUCAAGAACAAAUCUUAAAUAAUUAUGUAAUUAGCAUGUUGAAGGAUACCGCUUUUGAAAGAAGCUCCGUCAGAGUUUUUUGCAGGCCAUUUAACGUAGACGAACAAAUACGCUACUUGAUGCAAAUGUUCAACCCGAGUUUGAUAACAAAUAUGCAUCAGAACACUUAUCUUAAUGAUGAAACAUCAGUUCAACUUCUUGACAGCUUUUUCGUGUUUGGUGAACAUGCUGGCACGUCUACGCCAUUGUCCAACUCAACAAAACACAAUACUUCAAAUAUCUUUGGAGGAACACCAGCGACAUCUUCACAUCUUGACAUGAACAAAAACAAAGCCGAUGUUCAACACCAGGACAGCAACAACAAAACCACCGACUUUGUUAUUGAUCAACCAGUGGCAACGACAGUAGCUUCAUUGUAUUUGGCAGACAAAGAAGUCAACGUGUUUACCACAUCCGCCACCAUGCAGAAUGAAUGUCGCUCGAAUGGAUCACCGCAUCUACCAUCCAUAAGAUAA